AUGAGGCUCUUAUUUAGUCGCGCCGUAGGGUUUAAGGGUGCUUUUGCUUUUGCGAGUGCUGCCUGCCUUCCUCUCACCUGGUGUAGGGAGGAGGGGUAGGAGCAAGUGCGAAUGCUGGAAAUGGGUUUAACCUCGACUCCAGUCCGAUUUACUCUGCUCCUCUGAGGUUUUCUAUAUGUGGGUUUGUGUUUUAGUUUUAGUUUUAGUGUUCUGGAGGUUUUAGUUUUUGGUAGAAGGUAUAGUGGUGUGGGUUUAGUUUGGUUCUCGACAGAUGGCAACAGCGCUGACUUCAGCGCAGUUGCAGCGGCCCCAACAUGAGGUCGUGGACGGGGUGGUGCGCCGGACCAGGGAUUACAGGACCUCCGCAAUGAGAGUGCGGCCUGCGGCAUCCUUGCUGGGGUGCCGGCCAAAAGGCAUCACCUCAGAGUCCAGAGGGAAGAUAUACAGAGUUUCUCUUCUCAGGACACUUUAUUCCACAAAAAAAGGACACAUUAGGGCAACGAGCGAGGGCGAGCAUGAUAUCACAGAUGUUCAAGAAACUGACAAAGUCAGUGGAGAGUGGUGGCAACCUGUCCUAUCCGCCGUGCAUGAUUGGAGCAAAGAGAAGCUUUCCGGGCUCGCAGAGCUUGCAGAUGGGAGCCUGUUCUUCUCUUUUAGCAAGUCCACACCCUCCGCCGAUGCUGCAGCUCAACCAAGGAUACAGCACAGUGAAAGUGCCAACGUAAAUGUACCGGCGCAGACCCCGAAACCUGAAGCUCUACCAACGAUACAGCAGAGCGAAAGUGCCAACGUGAAUGUACCGGCGCAGACCCCGACACCUGAAGCUCUACCAACGAUACAGCAGAGUAAAAGUGCCAACGUGAAUGUACCGGCGCAGACCCAGACACCUGAAGCUAUACCAACGAUACAGCAGAGUGAAAGUGCCAACGUGAAUGUACCAGCGCAGACCCCGACACUUGCAGCUCUAUCACAGCGACAUCCAUCGAGCUUCCGGAAGAAGUCCCCCAUUCCUGCUGCUCGUAGCCGGCGCACUGCUUCGAAAGCGGAAGUGGAUACUGCUGAACUUGUUGCGGCAGAGGACAAGGAGACACCGAUGGACAGCACAGUGAGCAGCAUAUCUGCGAGGCCUGAGAGGCCUGCAUCGUCAUUCUCGAGGAAGUCGCCAAUUCCAAAGAGCCGAGAACGCAGUUCAGUGUCGAGCUCCAAGAGACGGUCGUCAGCUGAGGUGACUUCAUCAGCAGAAGCUCCCAGCAAGCCAAAGUUCACGAAGAGGUCGCCAAUCUCGAGGAAUCAAAACAGCAGUCGAGCGACGAGAUCCGAGAAGAAGAGCCAUUCUACUGAAGUAGCCCCUACAGAAGUGGCUCCUGCUCAAUCUGAACCUGUAGUUUCUGAAACUGAGAGUGAUUCACCAGUCUCUCCUGAGCUGAAGGAGAUUUUGAAUGACGGCAAGCAGACGGCUGGGCAAGAUGCAGAAGAGGAUGUGGAAAGAUGUAGUGUUUCUGUACCAAAGAAGAAAUCGUCGAAGCCAUCAAAAGUUGUGAUUGAGGAUAAUGAAGUAGCUCAAAGUGAAGCCGUCGAGAAUGGUGCCGUAAGCAAAAACCUAUCGAGUUACAAGCUUCCAGAGCUGAGGAGCAUGGCAAAGGCGAAGGGAUUGAAGGGAUAUUCGAAACUAAAGAAGGGAGAGUUAGUAGAGCUUAUAGCUGCUUCUGAGGUUCCUGAAAAGAUUUAAAGCCUGGAAUGAAAUUGUAAAGAUGAAUGUAGUGUUGAACUUGCGAACUAAAUCCAGUAUAUGUUUGGGUCAUUUUUCUCCA